AUGGCUUACCUACAGUCAAUGCCUAAAUCAGAAACUAUUAAACUGAGGGAAAAACACAUCGGAGCCGCCUGCCAGUUGUUUUUCCGUUCAUCCCCUCUAAAAAUAGUGAGGGGUGUCGCCCAAUUUAUGUAUGACGAGACAGGCGAGAGAUACCUCGACUGCAUCAACAAUGUCGCACACGUUGGUCAUUGUCACCCACACGUCGUUGAAGCUGGUCGUAAUCAGAUGUCAUUGAUAUCCACCAAUAAUCGAUAUCUUCACGACGAAAUCGUGAUGCUCGCUGAAAGACUAGUUAAGACGAUGCCCGAACCACUUUCAGUUUGUUUCUUUGUAAACUCCGGCUCUGAAGCUAAUGAUCUCGCUUUGAGAUUAGCCAGAGUUCACACUAAGAGGAAGGAUGUUAUCACCCUUGACCACGCAUAUCAUGGUCACCUUACGUCUAUGAUUGAUGUGUCCCCCUACAAACUAAACCUACCAGGAGGCCCAGAGAAACCAGAUUGGGUUCAUGUGGCUCCAGUUCCUGAUGUGUAUAGAGGAAAAUACACAUAUCCAAACGACUCGACAUCAGAGGAAAACUUAGGAAAAUUAUACGCUGAUGAGGUGGGAAAACUAUGCGACGAAAUUAAGAAGAAGGGCGGUGUAUGCGCUUUUAUAGCAGAAAGUCUCCAAAGUUGUGGGGGACAAAUAAUUCCUCCCGAAGGCUACCUAAAGAAAGUUUAUAAACACGUGAGGGAAGCUCAUGGAGUAUGUAUAGCUGAUGAAGUUCAAGUGGGAUUUGGAAGAGUCGGCACUCACAUGUGGGCAUUCGAGACUCAAGGUGUUGUGCCAGAUAUCGUUACUAUGGGAAAGCCCAUGGGUAACGGUCAUCCUGUAGCUGCGGUUAUUACUACACCAGAGAUCGCAAAAAGUUUCGCAGACACUGGUGUCGAAUACUUUAACACAUAUGGAGGCAAUCCUGUCUCCUGCGCUAUAGCUAAUGCAGUAUUAGACGUGAUAGAAGAAGAACGUCUAAUGGAGCGUGCAGCACGAGUUGGGAACCAUCUUUUGUCUCGUUGCGAAGGUCUUCAACACAAGCACAAAUUGAUAGGAGACGUCCGUGGUAGAGGCCUUUUUGUUGGUGUCGAACUUGUGACUGAUCGUGAAACUAGAAAUCCCGCAACAGCAGAAGCUAAACAUGUUGUUAACAGAAUGCGUGAAGAAAAAAUACUUAUAAGUCGCGAUGGACCAGACAGCAAUGUAUUAAAAUUCAAGCCACCCAUGGUGUUCACAACUCAGGAUGCUGAUAGAUUAGUUGAUACUUUGGAUCGAGUGCUAUCUGAAUUAGACGGCGGCAUGACAGUUAAUGUCAAACUGGAGAUGCUGGUCACACCAAUAAGGGAUGAAGUCAGUAACAGCAGUUUGCAAACUAAUAUGCCACAGUUGUUGAAAGCAAUAUGA